AUGUCUAGUUUUAACAAUUCGAAUAACAUGAAUAAUCAUUCUCAUAACGAAUCUAAUAACAAUAACAUAAAUACAGAUGCAAACCAAAAUAUUGCAUUAUUCCUUCAACUAUUAUCAAAUCCAACUAUUUUACAGCAAGCGCUUGCAAGUAUUACUCAAAACUCCCAACUUCUUCCAGUACAACCUUCUUCCAAGUCUACACAAACCCUUCCUGCAUUAUCAAAUGCUCUUAUAGGAGUUGUCAAUUCAUCGUUUCCACAUGGGUUAGCGCAAAAUCCAAUUACUAAGGAAGAAUGGAAACAAUGGAAAAAUACUAAGAAACUAGAAGAAGACUGGAAAGACUUUUUACAUUUAUUAGCAGCUAGCUGCCAGAAAGGCAAAUAUGCGUCUAAACAAGCACCGGGAAAGAUUAGAAAAAUUAUCAGUGAAUUUAAAUGUAAUUUUCCAACUUUUCCUGUUUCUGUUGGAGAUUUUGUUUUGCAGAAAAUAUUCGAAAAUAUUAUUGGAAAUUGGGAACGUAAGAACAAAAUAAAAGAAGCUCGUGACCAAGGCAUCGCUCCUCCCCCUAAAUGUAAAAAUGCUAUUCCUCCUACUUCAAGGUUUAAAAAAAAACCCAUAGUUCAAUCUCCAGUAACAAAUUCUGAUAUAGCUGAAACUGACGAUGAAAGUGAUGCCAGAUCAAUUACAUCUUAUGAAAAUAAUUUUUCAAGACAAAAUAGUAUUACUUCUACUAACACUUACAUUCCUGAUGAUGAUACACCUGAAUCAUCUACCAUUACCUCACAUGCUAUUGGAUCUUCAAGUUCUUUCAUUCCAAACCUGUUACCAGCAAAUUUCAAUGUGAUUGAAGUCGAUAGUUCUGAAGAUAACAAUGAUAAUGAUGUAUCUGAACCAUCUACCAUUACUUUACGCACCACAAGGCCUUCAAGAUCUUCAAUUCCAACCCAGUUAUUAGCAACAAGAAGCUCUAAUACAGUUGAAGUCGAUAAUUCUAAAGUUGAUAACAAUGUAUCUGGUCUACCUACCCCUAUCCAAUGUCCAACAAGGUCUUCACUAUCUUCAAGAUUUUCAACCCAGUUAUCAGCAACAAGUUCUACUACAACCGAGGUCGAUAAUUCUAACGAUGUAUUUGAAAAAUCUACCAUUACCCCUCGCACUUCAGGAUUUUCAAAAAUUCAAACCCAGUUUUCAGCAGGUUCCAAUACAGAUAAAAUCGAUGGUAGUAUUAAUACUCAAUCAUCUGCUCUACCAUUAUCCCCACUAAAGCAGAAUGGAAAUAAUAUUAAAAAUAAAAGAACUAGAGCGGAUACUAAAAGAACUUCUAAGAAACAG